AUUAAUAUCAAAUGUGAGAGGGCUAAACUCAACAAUUUCGGCAGUAACGAAAAAGUAACGUUCUCAGCUCUGCUUAAUUAUAUAAGUGUUUCGUGAUACAUAAACACAUAUGUAUAUACAUACGUAUAUACAUACAUUAUACAUCUGUUCGUAACACGUCUAUUAAAUCACAAUGGCUAUAUUAAAAAUGCUGAAGCGUACCCUGUGCAGAAACAUUGCAACAAGCGGAUCGAGAUUCGUGGGCGUCAUAGGACCCUUAACAAUUCCACCACUGCAGAUUGCAAUUUUAUAUUACUUCUGGCAGGAUUAUUCGAGGGUUGUGGAUAAGCGAUACUGCUCUUGUUCGUGCUGGGACACUGUCUUUAAAGGCUCGUACGAAUCCGGCAUAGCUCCUUACAAACACAUGUACUUUAAUGCUACUUCGAACAUGUUGAAAAUAUGGAUACUCAUCGUCAUCGGAGUAAUCGUGUUUUACGAAACAAUGAAAUAUUUGACAAAACUAGCCAUCAAACAGAGACUAAGACAAUCUAUGAUGCUCCUCUUCUCAACCGCUCUGUUCUCCAAUUACUACUCAUGGUGGGUCUAUAUUAAUUACUGGAAUGACGACUUCUACUCUCAGUGGUACCACCAGUUGUUUUUUACAAUUACUGAAUUAAUAUCUACGGCUUGGGUUGUCUCCCUUGCGGAUAAGAAAAAUCCAAUCACACACAGAAAGGCUUUCGGCAUUGCUGCAAUAGCCUUUUUACAUAUCGUGGCUGGUGGGUGGGACCAGUUCUUUGAAAAUGUCGUUAGAGGAGAGGGUCACGCACACCAGGUCAUACGCGAUUUGGGCUUUAUGAUACCGGAUAUUCUUCAAGUCAUCGUUCCAUUAUGGCUGAUUAAACGGGAAAGUAUUUACAAUAUCCAUCUUCCUAACUCAUUAGCGUAUAUGUCAAGUAUCGUGGUGAUCGGAUUGUGCAUUUGGUCGUUUCUGUUGUAACGAUAUCAUCAAGGAUAGCAUAAUAAUACGCAAUGGACGGCAACAAAGUGAUUGAAAAAUCAACAAUAUUGUCGUGCCUCUGGAGCUCCACUAGUUUUGAUCCUCUCGGUAUGAGUACAGCUGACCUAAGAAAAAUCAAUACGGGUUGAUAGACUGAGUUUCGCUCGAGCUGCCAUUACGUUUCCGCUGAGGCUCUAUAUUUUCCAGUACAAUAAAGUUAUGAUGGAAUCACACAAUGCUCAAUUACUUGAAUGAUAAGCAUGCAUGCAUACUUAUCAUUCAAGAAAUUGAGCAUGCAUCGUGUAAUUCCAUCUUUACCGUUGUCUUUUCUACAGGAGCAGUAAUUUUUCACGGGAGCGCGUGAACGGUUUUCGCGUUGGCAAAGUGCUUGCAAGGGUAAAUAUUGAGAUGGAGGAAGUCAGCGGCGCUGCUUCGGGGUGUACGACUUUCCAUGCGAAGCAACUUCCACCCCAUCACCCAGAUUUUAGCUGUUGCUCGUUAUUCAGAUAUCUUUAAACGUGCGAUCAUGCGUGCUUUCCAUGGAAAGUUGCACGCACCUUGUCAGAGGAGCAGGUGGGGUGAAAGUCACUUCGCGUGGAAAGUUAUAUUCCUUGAAUUCAUCCACCUCAUACCUCUCUGCUCGUUUAAAAUUAUCUGACUCUUCAUGUAAAGCAGGGAAAUAAUUACUAGCUUUAAUUGUUAAUAAUUUUUUAACAAAUAACGAGCGAUGGCUGAAACCUGGGAGAUGGGGUGGAAGUCGCUUCGUAUGGAAAGUCGUACGCUUCGAAGCAGGGGGGAGAUGGAAUGAAAGUCGCUUGGCGUAGAAAGUCGUGCGCCCUUACACGGAAAAAAUUGCGCAACGAUGAUCACUGUUCGGACAGCGCGUGCAUAAUAACUGUUACUGUGAGAUGAAAAUUUUUUCUCGGCACAGUAAUCAUCGCUGUAUAGUUUUCUUCAUGUAUGCUAUUGUAUAAAAACAAAAAUUAUAUAAGAAAAUAAGGUUUUCAAAGAAAAUUUUUGUAUUUAAAGUAGGAAAUUUAUUUUAAAGCAGAGAAUUUUUGUUCUAUCCUCCAUCUCAAUAUUUACCCUCGCAAGUUCCGGUACGAGAAAAU